CACGCGCGCGGCCUGUGUGUGUGGAGCGUGGAGUGAGUGUGACCGUGUGGAGUGUGAGGGAGCGGAGGGAGCCGUGAGGCCGCCGGCCGUCCGCGCCCGAGCGCCGCCGGCCCAGCGUCCGCCCGCCAUGUCGUCGGGGCUCCGUGCCGGUGACUUCCCGCGAUGGAAACGCCACAUUGCGGAGGAGCUGAGGCGCCGGGACCGGCUGCAGAGGCAGACGUUCGAGGAGAUCAUCGUGCACUACAACAAGUUGCUGGAGAAGUCAGAUCUUCACUCAGUGUUGGCCCAGAAGCUUCAGGCUGAGAAGCAUGACAUCCCCAACAGGCAUGAGAUAAGUCCUGGACAUGACGGCGCGUGGAAUGACAGCCAGCUACAGGAAAUGGCGCAGCUGAGGAUUAAACACCAAGAAGAGCUGACUGAGUUACACAAGAAACGUGGAGAGUUAGCUCAGCUGGUGAUUGACCUGAAUAACCAAAUGCAGCAGAAGGACAGGGAGAUACAGAUGAACGAAGCCAGAAUUACAGAGUGCUUGCAGACUAUCUCUGACCUGGAGACGGAGUGCCUAGACCUGCGGACUAAACUACAAGACCUCGAAAUAGCCAACCAGACCCUGAAGGAUGAAUAUGAUGCCCUGCAGAUCACGUUCACGGCCCUGGAAGAGAAGCUGAGGAAGACCACGGAGGAGAACCAGGAGCUGGUGACCAGGUGGAUGGCUGAGAAAGCCCAGGAGGCCAAUCGGCUGAACGCGGAGAACGAGAAGGACUCCAGGCGGCGGCAAGCCCGGCUGCAGAAGGAGCUUGCAGAAGCAGCCAAGGAGCCUUUACCCGUGGAACAGGAUGAUGACAUUGAAGUCCUUGCGGAUGAAGCCUCGGAGCACACCGAGGAGACCUCUCCCGUGCGAGCCGUCAGCCGCGGAGCCACUAAGCGACUCUCGCAGCCUGCUGGAGGCCUUCUGGACUCUAUCACUAAUAUCUUUGGUCUGUCCGAGUCUCCCCUUUUGGGACAUCGUUCUCCUGAUGCUGCCAGGAGACGCUCAGUCUCUUCCCUCCCCGUUGCCCAGGAUCACGUGGACACUCACCCUGGUUCUGGGAAAGAAGUGAGAGUGCCAACAGCUGCCUUGAGUGUCUUUGAUGCCCAUGAUGGGGAAGUCAAUGCUGUGCAGUUCAGCCCAGGUUCCCGCUUACUGGCCACAGGAGGCAUGGACCGGAAAGUGAAGCUUUGGGAAGUGUCUGGAGACAAGUGUGAAUUUAAAGGUUCGCUGUCUGGCAGUAAUGCGGGACUUACAAGUAUUGAGUUUGAUAGUGCUGGCUCCUACCUCUUAGCAGCUUCCAAUGAUUUUGCAAGCCGGAUCUGGACUGUAGAUGACUAUCGAUUACGGCACACACUCACAGGACACAGUGGGAAAGUGCUCUCGGCCAAGUUCCUGUUGGACAACGCACGGAUUGUGUCGGGAAGUCACGACCGGACCCUCAAACUCUGGGAUCUACGCAGCAAAGUCUGCAUAAAGACAGUGUUUGCCGGAUCCAGUUGCAAUGAUAUUGUCUGCACUGAGCAGUGUGUCAUGAGUGGACAUUUUGACAAGAAGAUUCGUUUCUGGGACAUCCGGUCAGAAACAAUUGUCCGAGAGAUGGAGCUUUUGGGGAAGAUUACUGCCCUGGACUUGAACCCGGAGAGGACCGAGCUGCUGAGCUGCUCCCGUGACGACUUACUCAAAGUGAUUGAUCUCCGAGCAAAUGCUGUCAAGCAGACGUUCAGCGCUCCUGGAUUCAAGUGCGGCUCUGACUGGACCAGAGUGGUCUUCAGCCCUGACGGCAGUUACGUGGCAGCAGGCUCAGCCGACGGCUCGCUGUAUGUCUGGAGCGUGCUCACGGGGAAGGUGGAGCAGGUGCUGAUGAAGCAACACAGCUCGUCCAUCAAUGCAGUGGCGUGGUCCCCCUCCGGGCUGCAUGUGGUCAGUGUGGACAAAGGCAGCAAAGCCGUGCUGUGGGCGCAGCCUUGAUGGACGGACUGGAAGAAGCGCGGGGAGGAGCUUGCAGCCGUGUCCUGGCUAGUGUGGGUCUACCCCGAGGAGCUCCACAGCCCUUUGAACAGGAUUUCUUGGGUUUGGACUGAGGUCUGUAAUGGUCUGGAAGAAUCACACUGAAGUAGUCUGGUCACUCGGCAGAGGUUCAGGUUCAUGCCUCGUGUCCCGUGGGAAACACUACUAGCUCGGGUCUGCCAUACCUCAUGGGCGGGGGGCACAGGCCCCGCCGCUCUCCUCACUGGACGGCAGUGCCAAGGGUGCCCCACUGUCUGGGGGAGGUUUUCGCUGUGCUUUCUCCUGGCCUUCUGGUCUGACCUGAUGCAUGUUCUUGCACCUUGGGGUCGUUUCCUCCGUAUCGCUUUAAACCUUUAGUUGACAGAAACCCAGGCCCAGGGCCUGUCCUGAUCUGAGGAGGCACGGGGGGUGGGCCAGGGCUCUCAGGCAGACCACAUCUGACCCUGCAGCUGCUCUGGUGCGGCUGUCCCCGGCACACCUGCCUGUCUAUUUCUGGGUCAAGAAAUAAGCACCCAUUUGGCUUCUAAGCAGAGUUGAAGUAGGGGAGAAAAAGUGAAAACCUCCCGCCCGCCAGAGCGUGGAUGUGCCCAGGUGUGAAGAGCGAACCCCUCAUGGCUCGGCUAGUGCCCAGGAGGUGCUGGUGGGCGGGGCUGCGUGCCAUCUGCCCAGGGCAGGAGUUGGGAUGAAGGCCAGGGAGAGACAUUCAGCCUCACUGUGCAUGAGCUCGUAGUUCUCUGGGUGCCUGAAGCACUGGUGUUUGUAUCACUUUAAUUUGCACUUUAUUUCCCCCUCACUUGCUGCCUGCACGUGAGGAUUGGGUGCCAGCCCAGGGGGUGAGGCGUGGGGCAGCAUCUCCGUCCCUCACACUUGCCGCCUGCCCGCAUCACCCCUCUGCCCUUUGCCCGAAGAGGACUUGUGUCAAGGGGAGCUAAAAUUCAAAGCCAGGGCACAUCGUUUAUUUAUUUAAUUAUGUUGCCCACAAAACUUGAUUGUAAAUAAAGAAAAAUCUUAUAUACUUUUCAAACUCCUUGCCUCUGAGUGUUUUUUGUUUGUUUUUUCCUUUGUCUUUGAAGAAAGAGCAUGUUGGCUUUCCUGGUGUUUAUUUAUAGGCACUGGUUGGUACGUUCCUAAUACUCCAUGUUGUUCGUCACACUGGCCCCGUCCCACGCUUGUGCCCAGGUACAUUGGAGUGGCACUUCUCCACAGGCAGCUCUCACUGCCCUGCAGCAGCUGUCCCCCAGAGCACUGUCAGCUGCCAGGGAGAGCUGCCCCCACACGGUCCCCCAGCCACUCUCACCCGAGGGGUUACUGAGCUGGGCGUGUCUGCUUUGGGUUCAGCUCAGGAUAUUGGUUCCUGGAAGGGCACUCCUGCCUGGCCCGACGCCUCGAGUCAGGUUCCAUUGUAACCUUGAGACUGGACAGCCAGCACUGGACGCUUCCCUGGCAGCUAGCUGAUUGGGCCCUUUGUGGUCACUACCAGGAGGCAGGGGAGCCUGAAGGUGGACCUUAAGCUCACAUUGCAGCAGCCUCACAUCAUUGCACUUUGGGGCUCAGUGGAACUCGGCUGCUGCUGUGUGUGGUUCCAUGUGUCUGAGCUG